AUGAGGAUACGAGCUGCUCAUCCUUUGAAAGUGAUCAGGUCUGUGGGUCGACCUGUGACAAUCGAAACACCCACGGCAGCUACGCAGUUAGCACCACAAACACCACCCCCAUCACCAAGCCUCUCGAACCCCAACAAGCGCGCCCUCGAAGAACUCACCCCAUCCGAUCUGUGUUACUACUGGGAUACCCAACCCCCGACAGCUUCCCAACUCGCAUUCGCGAACAAGAUAUUCAUACCUUCACGCCACUCACCGACAAAACUAUGGUCGGCCAGCAAGUUCCGUACCACGCCGCUCUCUUCCGUCGAGCCCGAAGUCGCAUUCCUCGGCCGCUCCAACGUCGGUAAAAGCUCCCUUCUCAAUGCGAUCAUGGGUCAAGAAAUAUGCUGGACAUCUUCCAAACCCGGUCGUACGCGUGAGAUGAACGCUUUUGGGAUCGGAGGUACCAAAGGUGGUGAGCAUAAAGUUGUCUUACUGGACAUGCCUGGCUAUGGCAAGGCCAGUCGUGCGGAGUGGGGGAUGGAAAUCAUGAAAUAUCUUCAGGGGCGAAAACAACUCCGUCGAGCCUUUAUCCUCAUUGACAGCGAACACGGCAUCAAACAAAAUGAUGCGGACAUAUUGGGCCUCUUCAGGCGAUAUGCAAUUCCACACCAAGUGGUGCUUUCGAAGGUGGAUAAGAUCCUCGCUAAAGGGAAGAAGCAAAUGAAGACGGGUGCCUCUGCAAUAGGAAUCCAGCGACUGCAGGAUGUCCUUCGUACCUUAAGACCCCUCGUGCAGCCAGAUCCGAGUGCAUCGGAUGGACCGGGUGCACUGGGAGAGAUCUUGACGUGUAGCGCAGACACGCCGGUUGGACCUGGUCGGGUCCUCGGGGUUGACGCAGUCCGCUGGGCCAUUCUCUCAGCAGCAGGCAUUGAUGGAAGCUUGGAGGGCGCUGUGCCCACGUCCGACAAGCACACAUGA